CAUCGAUCAGGCCCCCUCCCUCCGCCGCCUGGUCGCAGACUGCUAAGCUCAGCAAAUCUUGCGGCAAAGGCACUUCGGAGCCGAGUUGGGGCAGGCAGAGGCGGAGCGGGGACUCCGCGCCCCGGGGGAACCGACGCCCCUGCUAAACCGUCGCCUGCACCGCAUCCUCGCAGCCCGACGCUCCCUCACAUCGAGUACCCGGGACCUCUCCGGCCUCCUUCGGGUCGCUCACCGGUGAGUCCGCAUCCUUGACUCCCGUGGGUGGCACCGACCUCCCGCUCCAAAGUUUCUCCUGCUGCUGAGCCGAGGAGCUACGCGCUGUCCCCUCUGCCGCCAUGAGGAACAUCUUCAAGAGGAACCAGGAGCCCAUUGUGGCUCCUGCCACCACCACUGCCACAAUGCCAGUCGGGCCUGCAGACAACUCCACUGAGAGUGGGGGUGCCGGAGAGAGCCAGGAGGACAUGUUUGCCAAGCUGAAGGAGAAGUUCUUUAAUGAGAUCAACAAGAUCCCCUUACCUCCCUGGGCCCUCAUCGCCAUCGCCGUGGUUGCCGGCCUCCUGCUUCUCACCUGCUGCUUCUGCAUCUGCAAGAAGUGCUGUUGCAAGAAGAAGAAGAACAAGAAGGAGAAGGGCAAGGGCAUGAAGAACGCCAUGAACAUGAAGGAUAUGAAGGGGGGCCAGGAUGAUGAUGACGCGGAGACAGGCCUGACUGAGGGAGAAGGUGAAGGAGAGGAGGAAAAAGAGCCAGAGAACCUGGGCAAACUGCAGUUUUCCUUGGAUUAUGAUUUUCAGGCCAAUCAGCUCACCGUGGGCGUUCUGCAGGCUGCCGACCUGCCGGCCCUGGACAUGGGAGGCACGUCAGACCCAUAUGUCAAAGUCUUCCUCCUUCCUGACAAGAAGAAGAAAUAUGAGACCAAAGUCCAUCGGAAGACCCUGAACCCUGCCUUCAAUGAAACCUUCACCUUCAAGGUGCCAUACCAGGAGCUGGGGGGCAAAACUCUGGUGAUGGCCAUCUACGAUUUUGACCGCUUCUCCAAACAUGACAUUAUUGGAGAGGUAAAGGUGCCUAUGAACACUGUGGACCUUGGCCAGCCCAUUGAAGAGUGGAGAGACCUGCAAGGCGGGGAGAAGGAGGAGCCAGAGAAGCUUGGUGACAUCUGCACCUCCCUGCGCUACGUUCCCACGGCCGGGAAACUCACUGUCUGCAUCUUGGAGGCCAAGAACCUGAAGAAGAUGGACGUGGGUGGCCUUUCAGACCCCUACGUGAAGAUCCACCUGAUGCAGAAUGGCAAGAGGCUCAAGAAGAAGAAAACGACAGUGAAGAAGAAGACCCUGAACCCGUACUUCAAUGAGUCCUUCAGCUUUGAGAUCCCCUUCGAGCAGAUUCAGAAAGUCCAGGUAGUGGUCACUGUGCUGGACUAUGACAAGCUGGGCAAGAACGAAGCCAUAGGCAAGAUCUUCGUGGGCAGCAACGCCACGGGCACAGAGCUGCGGCACUGGUCUGACAUGCUGGCUAACCCCCGGAGGCCCAUCGCCCAGUGGCACUCGCUUAAGCCUGAGGAGGAGGUGGACGCACUUCUGGGCAAGAGCAAGUAGGCAGCAGCGGCCAGGACCUGCGCCCUUCACGGACACUGACAAGAUCCAGAGCUAUCAAUACCUCAGUUAUGCGACCUUAGAGGUUUUUUUCGUUUGUUUGUGGUUGUGUCCUUGUUUCUCCUUCUUUUUCUCUUUUUAAAGACCAAUUUCCCUUCGAUGGCUAUGUGAGGAGAGUCCCCUCAGAGGUGAAAGAGGAGCCUGGCUCUCUUCCUGGUCCCAGGAGCUGCCCUUGCUGCAUGCCCUGUCCGGCUCCCCCUUCCUCUCUCACAGCUUCACACUCGCGGCAUCCUGAGUGAGGACCUCUACUGGCGGAAAGUUGUAGCACCUCCUGUUUUUUUAAGCAUAUGGACCAACGAAAUGGCAGCACAUCCUGUUUCCUGACAGGGAAGGCAACACAGUGGCGGAUGAUGUGUGUGUCUGUGUCUCUGUGUGUGUGUGUGUCAUUUAGUAUCACUCUUCAUUCCUGAAAUGAACCGUGGACUGUGAAGUUAGUUGUCUUCGGGAACGCUGAAAUGAAGAAUGUGCACUGAAAGUUUCAAAAUCCUGCUCAGGGGUCAGAAGCUCCCAGACUGCUCAUGGGCAGCUACCGGGCAGACAGCAAGAUGUGGAGAUUGGAUGUGUCCAGAACCAGGACCAAAGCCCUGAUGCCAUCACAGACUUCCUCCUGUCCCUCACGGUUUCCCCAGAAGUUUCUGGGACAUACAUGGAAAUGAACUACUCACCAGAUUAGGCAGUUAGAACAGGGACUGUCAGCCCCAGCUUCUCACUCUUGUUGACAAUGAAUAUCAAACUGCGAAGAAACAGAAGUCCCAUUACCCAGAAAGACAAAAAUUAAACUCCUGGAUCUUCACUCCGUCCAGUGGGAAACGCAGACGCUUUCUCCCCUUCCAGAAUAUAAGCCGUGCAGUUCAUUUCUUCCCCACUGUGCUUCUUCUGUUUCUCUUUUAACAUUCUGUGAAGACCCGUUAUCUGUAUAGAGCCAGAGAAUUUUAAAGGAAGGUUUAAAUUUUCUGAGAUCCCCUGAGGUCCAGGUAAGAAGGGAGUGGUAAGAAGGGCAGGAUGGGGGACAGAGAUUUCCUGGUGAAUGAGAUGAGAUAGAGGGGAGCACAGGGAAUCCCUGGGCCCUCUGCCCUCCAUGCUGGAGAGCUUUUAAGUGGCUGGAGUGGCUGGGAGAGGCCUGUGGGGGGCGUCCUAUCAUUCAUUUGGAGGCUUCUCUGUAGGAAUGCUAAGAAACAAAGGUCAUCCAUUCCAAGUUUCUAUCCCAUGUUCAGUUGUGUCCCCUUCCCCACUUGCCCCUUUUGUCCCCAGCAUUGAUAAAAGCCAUAUAUAUGUCAGUUAAGUUUGCACUGAGUCUUCUUCGAAACCUUCAGCCUGGACAGGAAAGCCAGGUCCCCACGUGGCCAGAGGCCAGCCCUCUUUGCCUCCCUUCUUUUGGCCUUUCCCUUCCAUCUGAUAUAUCUUCACCUCAGAAAACUCAUGGCUUCCCAGGCUCCUGGGGCCCUCUCGUCCCUAGCACCCAUGGUAGCACUUCCCGCUCGAUCUGGGCCACGCAGCUUCCUGUAGGCACCUGAGACAGAUGAAUGAUGUUGGAAAGAAUUAGGCUUAGAGGACCAAGCAUGAAGAAGGUGCAGAGUGUCUUUUUAUUUUAAAAAGGGGGAGGAGUUUCUGUUUUUGUUUUGUUUUUUGGUUA